AUGGAACUUGAAUAUAUAAAAGAAAAUUUAUUCAUUAUUGAAGAUAAAGAUAUAAAGAUUGAUGUGAAAGUAUUAGAAUUUGAAAAAAUUAUAUCAUGUUGUAAUUCAGAUUCUAAUCUUUUGAAUGAAAUAAUUUUAAAUGAAGAUCUUUUAAAUCAUUUAAUCGAUGCUACUGAUUUGUUUGGAAAAGAUAUUAAAUAUGGACCUAAAGAUAUUACUGUCAUAAAAUAUAGAGAAUGGUUAGAUAAUAACUUUUUUUCAGAAAUAGCAACAAAGAAAAAGAUGUUUGUAAAAAGAGAUGUAUUUGAUGAGUUGAUGAGAGAAUGGUGUAAAAAGAAUAUUGAAAUUACAUUUAAUUGGGAAUCUCAAGAUAUUUUGUUAUUUAAAAAUUUAUUAGAUAUUAUUGAAAAUGAUAAUGAAUUUAUAUUAUUUCUUGAAGAAUAUAGAAAUAAUAAUUUAUUAAGUUUUUUAGAUAAUCUUAGAUUAAUAUCUGAAAGAACAAUGCAUGAUGGUUUUAAUAACUUUAAAGAAUCUUUACAAACACAAGAAAUUUCAUAUGGAAGUUCUUAUUAUAAAGCUCAUAGUCGAUUUACUAUUGAAUAUAUUAUUCCAAAAAAUAUUUUUUAUAAAAGAUAUUAUAAAUUUCCUUACUUUAUUGAAAAUAUUAAUAAUAAGACAGUAUUUGAAGUUAAAAGUAUUUUUAAUUUUAACAAAAAAUUCAUAAUUGAUUAUGAUAUUGGAUCAUUAAAUUUUUGGAAAUUGGGAGAAAUUAAUGAAGACUGGGUUCAUUGUCAUGAUUUGAGUUACCAUUUUACUGAGUUGGUUUUAAAAAAAUUACUUUUAUUUAAAUAUUUGAAAAAUAAACAUAAUAAAAUUAGAGAUAUUUAUAAUAAUUUAUUUCAUAAUUUUAAUAGUAAUACUUUAAUAACAUUAUGGAUAAAAACAUUGAAAAUUUUAAAAACAAUAAAAAUAUCUGAAAAUAUAUAUUUAAAAGAAAUUAAAAUGAAUAACGAAAUGAAAGAAAAAAUCUACUAUCCUGUAGUGUUUUAUCUUUAUGGACCUUCAGGAAGUGGGAAAACUAGCUGGGUCAAAGAAUUGUUUGGAAAUGAAUUAUAUGAAAAAUCAAUAAAAGCAAAAUCAGGUCUUGAUUAUUGGAUUAAUUAUGAAGGACAAGAUAUUGUGUUAUUAGAUGAAUAUAAUACAAAAAUUAAUUGGAUUUCUUUGAUUGAAUUAUUAAAUGAUAAUAAUGUCAUUAUUGAAAUCAAAACAGGAAAAUUUGUUCCAUUCAAUGCAAAGUAUAUUUUUAUUACGAAUACAAAAAAUCUAAAUGAAAGUUAUGGUUAUCGAUUUCUUAAAAAUUAUUUAACUUAUAUUAUUGAAUUUAAAGGAAAAUGGGAUAGUGAUAUAGAAAAAAGAACUACUGAAAUUGUAUUUCAUAAAGAAUGUUAUUUUAGGCAAAAAUUUCCAAAACAUGUGGAAAAAUAUCUUUUGGAUUACCCUAAAUCCAAAUCAUUAUCUGAAUAUAAAGAUAAAAUUAAUAAUUAA